AUGGCGCUGACCUCGGGGGAGCUCGGUGCAGAGCUGCAAUGGCUGCUGGAGUUUGCAGGCACUGACCUGGUCAUUGAGGCCAUCCUUCAUCAUCUCGCAGGCCAAGAAAUGGGUCACGACGUACUUCUCCUUCGCGGUGCUAAGUCGCCCUCGGUGUCUGCGGGCCAACGGCGGCUACUUUUCCUGGGUGAAGACGUGGGACACUGGGUCUAUUGCGAGAAAGAUGACGGUGAGUGGAAUUCCUAUAAGCUGAUGCAUCAAAAGCCUGGCACUCAUCAGUUUUGCCAGUCCUUUGCGCAGAUCUACAUGUUGGCCAACAUCAUCCCCUCCAAGGAGUUCGGGGGCACCACGGCCUUUGAGCUGCUGAAGAGCCUCAAGGAGGGUCCCGAGAAUUACGGGUCCAAUGUGGCGGUGGUCGCGAGGUAUUGGUCAUCUGUUCUACGCGAGCUGGGGAAAUCGAAGGAGCUGGAAAAGUGGUUGCUCAAGGAGCUCCGCCACUUGGGAUCAUUGCUCCACUUGCCGGAGAUGCAGAAGAUGCUCAACGACCUAGCACCGAACACCAGCUACAAGGUCCUGGAGAAGGUGCUGCGAGAGAUUGACGGUGACGAUGGGGACGGGAAGUACACCACGCCCGAGUUCGUGACCUGGCUCGUGGGUAAGGGCCGGAAUGUGCACACCCAGACGCACCUCUUGCGUUCCAUCGUGGCGGCCACCGGCGACUCCUUAGGCGCUCGAGUCAGCGAGAUCUUCGACCGCUUCGAUGUGGAUGGGAGCGGAGUACUGGAACGACAUGAGCUCAUGAAGGUGUUGCGAGUCCUGGACUCCGAGAUCACCACAUCAGAGAUCCAGCGAAUUCUACAAGAGCUGGACAAGAGCAAGGACGGAAAGGUCUCCUAUAAAGAGUUUUUGUCCUGGCUAAAGGAAGGAGAAGUUGUUGCACGAAAGUUGGCCAGUAAGUUGAAAGCUGUCACCGGCCCCAUGAGAGAGAAGCGGGUGAAGGAGGCCUUCGACAUGUACGACUUGAGCGGCGAUGGGUUCCUUGACAUGGAGGAGAUGCGGAAUGCCAUGGGGAAGAUGUUCCUCUUCAAUCAGGAAGAGGUGCACAAGAUUUGCAAUGACUUGGACACCAGCAACGAUGGGGUCAUCUCCUACAAGGAGUUCUCCAAUUGGAUGAGACGAGGGACCGGGUCCAAGGAAGUGCUCAAAGGGAAGACAAUCCUGGCACCAAUUGACAGUGAUGGAUUGGAUGCAGUUUUCUACGUAUUCUGUGGCCCGGGGAAGACAGAAAUGGAAAUGAAAGACUUUGUGAAGUUCUGCCGCAACACAAAGAUCACCGACGCGACCUUGCCGCCAGCUGUGGCAGAACUCAUUUUUAACGACCACCGAGUGAAAGAGCAUGGGAAACGCACCCUUGACUUCUUUGAGUUUGGGGCCACGCUGGAGCAGCUGGCUGAGCGGAAGCACGUGAAGGUGAGCGACCUUCAUACCGUGGCCCUCCUCACGGGCGGGCCGCAGGCCAAGUUGACGCCCUCCAAGGGGGGCGAACCACGGCUGAAAGGGCGCCGAAUGCGUUCGCGCCGCGUCUCGCGGAUCCAACGCGACACCAAGAAGCUGCAACCCAUCCUGCAGGACAAGGAGGGCUGGCGGCGUGAUGUGGACAAUGCCCAGCUGUGGAAAACCUUCGGCCUCAGCACCUCAGCGGGCCGUGCUCUACGCCAGAUCUAUGGCGCAAAUGUGGUGCCCCCGCCCCCAGAACCGCCUCGCAUGCCCUCGGUGUGCUCAUUGAAGCUUCAGAAGAUUCAAGGAGCCUUGGAUUGCGGGACACGUCUUCAACCCCCAGGAAUGAGCCAAAGCAUCUCGUUACCUUCCUUGCGGGUGAGUGAAAGCCCCAAAGCAUCUGAGAGCCUUCCACUCCUUAGUGCUGGCACCCGCUUGGUGCGCUGA